AGCACCUCUCGAUUUUUUUUUCUCAAAUCGGGAUUUGAAAGAUACGUUUUGAAAAAAAUAACAAUAAAAAAAAAGUUUGGAAUUAGUACAAUUGUUCUUUUUAAAAAUAUAUAUAUAUAUAUAUUUUCCAAAGAAAGAUGGUGUCGUCCACACGCCCUCUGCUCCUGCUGGCCAUCCUGGGUCUGUUCGGUUCCGGCUCGGGCCGGUCCGCUUUGGAGGAGUGCUACAGUGACGUGGUCUCCGCGGUGUCGUCGGGACAAGACUUUCUGACGACGGAGUCCGUUCGCAGCCUUUUAAACAUCCUGCAGAAACGUGUGCAGUGCAGCGAGGUGUCGUGUGAAAAGUGCAAUCUAGCAGAGAACGUCCACCAACUGAUUGGGAACCACUCCGGCCAUGAAGAGAGAGGAAGAGAGGGGGAUGUAAUCGUCACUCUGUCCCAAUUUACCAACUUGGCAACCGGCUGUGUCUUUUAUCUGAGCUCCCCGGCCCUGGCCUGUACCGCCGUAACAGAGGGGAGGUGGAGAGAGGAGGUCGAACACUUCCUACACAGAGUUACACAUCAUGAGGACCACGAAGACCACCAGGAGAAGGGCGGGUCAGACCAUGACCACGCAGACACAAAUGGACGGCUCCAUAACCGCGACCAUAGUCCCGAUCACGAUCACGGACACCCUCACGAAUACACAGAUGGUCACACACACGCCCAUGAAGAGGGCCAUCAUCAUGAGCACAUAGACCUACAUGGAUUGCAGGCUCUGCUCCAAGAGCUUGAAAACCACUAUAAACCCUUAGACCAUGAGAGCUGUCUAUCAGCCAGUGACAUCAUGAGGGAGGUCAACGCAUCAUCGUCUUCCGAGGCCGGAACGGACCAGAAAGCGGAAGUGGGUGUGGUUUUUGGGCGUGUCCUGUAUCACACCCUGCGAGGUCACUGCCUGGUCAGCCGCGCGCUGCCCAAAGACAGCUUCUUUCUGGACUACAUCAUCCAGCGUAUCGGAUCAGAGAAUUUCACUGUCAGUGACCUGGAGGUUCUUAUGAGGAGCCUGAAUCUGGGAAGGGACGGACACGGGCAUGAGGAUGAUGGACACCACCACGGACACAAGGAUGACCAUGUUGUCCAUGACCACAGUGGUCGAAAGCUGAGGAAGAGGAGCAGACAUGAACACCAAGAGGGACAGGGAAGAAACAAAACCUGGGACAAGCACUGUUUCUCAGCGGAAGAGCUGGCCCUGAUCCACGGUAUGGUCAGAAACAAGUCUGUCAUGGAUCGGUCUGACGCGGCCCGGCUCAGCCCAGCACUGCUCCAGCAGAUCCUGAGUGGGGCCUGCACAGAGGCCGAUCAGCCGCUGAAACCAGACGACCUUACGGAAGUAGAAAGAUACAUCUAUGCGACGAUAGCCAACACUGUGAUAUGCCUGAUGUCCAUGUUUGGUAUUGUGGUGUUGCUGUGUACUUCCUGUUCCAACGUGUUCCAGCUGUCUAUCCAGUUUUGUGUCAGCCUGGCUGUGGGUACACUCACCGGCGAUGCUCUGCUGCACCUGCUGCCUAUGUUCCUCGGUUUACACGUGCACUCAGACAGCAGCAGCAGGCACGGACACCAUGACCAUGACCACGAGGAAGAGAACCAGGACUACAUAUACAAGAUGAUGGUGGUGUUGGCCGGCAUCUACUACUUCUACCUGAUGGAAUCGAUCUUCGCUCUGGUCACAUGUAAAAAGGUUCACCACCACCAUCCACAUCAUCACGGGGAAGAAUCAGAGCCACACCACUGUGACCAUGGGAAUGUUCUCGAGAUGUACCAACAAGAGAGAAGGCAAAAAGACAAACAGCAGUCAAUUUCACAAGUGGACCUGGUUGAGUGUGAAAAUAAGAAAUCAUUUCCACUGUUAAAGGAGCGCACCAGAGAACAGCGCCUGCUGCCCUAUAUGAUAACUAUAGGCGAUGGGAUCCAUAACUUUGCUGAUGGUUUGGCAAUUGGUGCAGCUUUUUCCUUGUCGUGGAAGUCUGGCUUGGCCACAUCGCUUGCUGUACUCUGCCAUGAACUACCACAUGAACUAGGUGACUUUGCCGUAUUGCUCCACAGCGGUGUGUCUGUCCGCAAAGCCCUGCUGUUAAACGUCAGCAGUGCCAUGACCUCCUUCAUCGGCCUGUAUAUUGCUUUGUCCGUGGCCACUGACCUCGCGACUAAGCAAUGGAUAGCCGCCAUCACUGCAGGACUCUUUCUUUAUGUGGGGUUGGCUGAUAUGCUGCCUACCAUGAUCCACAUCAAAAGCAAUAGGCCCUGGCUGAUGUUUCUCCUGCAGAACGUUGGUCUGCUGGCUGGAUGGGCUAUUCUCUUGACACUGUCACUUUACGAAGAUCAGAUCGGCAUCUAGACACAAGAGACAGACAGACGGACAGAUGGACAGAUGGACAGAGAGACACGCAGAGCACGCGAUGGAACAGGCGCACGGUCACAUAUGUCGGUCUGCCCCGUGGAUCAGUCGCCCUACCAGCGUGCACGCCGUAGGACGACUGUACAGGCUCGCAAAGACUGAAUGCAUCUUUGGCCACAUUCACACACAUGUACAGGCAAAACGCACUAGGACACACCGGUCUGCUGAACGUACGGGCCAUUUCACUGCUGACGUUGUAUAGGCUGUAUAAGGUUAUAAAGGCACACACACACACACACACACACACACACACACAGCAAUGCAUAGACGUGCAACCUGCAUGUCGACAGAUAACGUAAAUGUAGAUGCAUACAUGCGCCCCAACCUUUACCGUUUGUUUCAAUUCGUAUUCUGCACAUGACGUGUGUAUUUGUUGCGCAAAAUCAACGAAGUCGUGAAAACCAUCUGCAAUCCAGCCCGGAUCCAAAGGUGACGGCAUAACUCCUCGUAUCUGAGUGAAACAGGAAAUCUCACUAGCAAUUACGACCAACAGCAAGGGUUUAUAACUACGCACACUGUAGUUUUCUACGUUGUCCACAAGCUGGGUUUUUUUUUUCUUCUCCCAAUUCCCGUCCCCUGGUGUAAACAAUACUGCCCACCUGUAAAUCACAAUGCUGCUCGUGUAUUGUUGACAUUAAAACUGUAGAGCCUCACGUUGCCUGUCCACAAUCCACGGUAGCACGUGUACACGUUUCCCAUAAAAGUUAAUUUACUAAACACCUUUGAGGCCCUAAGAGGAAUAAUGAGAUGGCGUUUCUUUCCCACGUGUAGAUAUCCACUGGUGCGUUUACCGUCACGCUGACAUCAGGAAAUUCUGACGUCUGGGCCACCUGAUGAGAAACCUCAUCCUUUCACACUUCGUUGUUGUUGAUCACAAUGCACUUUAUGGGGAAAGUCACAUUACGGCAAAAAAAAAGUUACCACAAAAUUGCUUGCUAAGGGGCGUCCGGGUAGCGUGGCGGUCUAUUCUGUUGCCUACCAACACGGGGAUCACCGGUUCGAAUCCCUGUGUUACCUCCGGCUUGGUCGGCCGUCCCUACAGACACAAUUGGCCUUGUCUGCGGAUGGGAAGCCGGAUGUGGGUUUGUGUCCUGGUCGCUGCACUAGCGCCUCCUCUGGUCGGUUGGGGCGAAAAUAGCGUGAUCCUCCCACUCGCUACGUCCACCUGGUGAAACUCCUGACUGUCAGGUGAAAAGAAGCGGCCGGCAACUCCCCAUGUAUGGGAGGGGGCAUGUCUGCAGCCCAGGGGCGAUUCUAGGAUCAGAGCUUUAGGGGUGCUGAGCAUCCAGAGUGCUGGCCGGCCAGGCAAGAUCAAUUUAGGGGGGUGGAUCAAACCAUUUUCGAAGCAUGGGGGGUGCUGUAUUUUUGUUGUUAAAAUAUUACGUUUAAACCAUAUUUUGACAUUUCUUCAGCUUAUUAAACAUGGACAAUAAAAAAAAUCUCUUCAAUUUUAGGGGUGCUGGGGUUCAAUUUAGGGGCGCUACAGCACCCCCAAAAAUGGGCUAGAAACGCCUAUGCUGCAGCCCUCUCCGGCUCGGCAGAGGGGGCGGAGCAGCGACCGGGACGGCUCGGGAAAAUAGGGUAAUUAGCCAAGUACAAAGG